CAGAACGCUUGAAGGCUCUGCUCUUGACUCGCGAGGCUCGUAUCAGCGAUGGCGGACGAUGAGUCCGCUCGGCUUCGCCAGCAGAUGCGGCAGCCGCUUCUCGCGCCCUCAGACCACCCGCAGGCAGCCCAGCAUUACCCAGAAGGCCACCCACUGCAUGUGCAUCACCACCAUCACGAGCCUCUUCCUCAGCAUGGUACCACAACAGAGAGGAGAAACACAAUCAUGUCUGGAUGAAUGCGUGAAUCAAUCGUGUGUGUGUCAGGCCCAUCUUUCAUGCAAGUAUGUAUGCUGCAGCUGCAGCCAGAGAAGAGCACUAACCAAGCAGGGAGGGCGGAUUACAAAUCGCAUUGAAUGCAUUGGGAUGGAUGGUUGUAUGCACUUGUCACUCAUUCAGCGUGCUUUGCACUUCGAGGCAGGGACGCUCAAGGGUUCCGUGUUCACCCUGGUGUGCUCGGCGCUGGGGACGGGUGUGUUGACGCUGCCGUACGCAUUCAGUCAGCUGGGGUGGGUGCUGGGGAGUGUGCUGCUCGUCGUGAGUGGCGCGGUGGCCAGCCUGACCAUAUUCAUUCUCAUGGUAGGUAGAUCUAGAGCACGGGAUGGAUGUGUAUUGUGUGCUGGUGGUGGUGUGUGUGUAGGGUGCGAUCCGAGUGACGGGUUCCCUCACGUACAGCAAGAUGAUGGGCAAGGCCAUGAACAGCCACCGAUGGGAGAGGGUCACUGACGGGAUUAUCGUCUUUUACGUCAUCGGGUGCUGCAUCAGCUACUUCGUGUUCCUCGGCGACUUCACGCCACGCAUACUCGAGGCCAUCCCCUGCCCUGAGAUAUUCAGGGACAGGACGCUGCUGCUCACUCUCAGCCUGGUUGGUUGGUGGAAACAUACACACAUAACACACGAGAGCAGAAAGAGAGAAUAGGAAAAUGAUGCACGUGUGUGUUCGUCGUCCGGUCAGAUACUGAUAUGGCCACUGUCUUGUGUGAAGAGGUUAUCUGCGUUGCGGCAUAUCGCUCUCCUGCCCAUAUUCAGCAUCAUCAUAACGUCGAUUGUGGUGAUAGUGCAGGCGCCCCACCUCAUCCACGAGGCCUUCAAGACGGGCAUGCGGCCAGAGGCCUUUUCUCUCAGCUGGAACUCGCCCAAGGCAGUCAACAUAUUCCUCUUCGCUUAUAUGGCCGUGAGUCGGGGAGCGGGAGGGGCAGCGGGAACAGACGUGUGCUGUCCUCCUGUGCUGCACGCUUUUCCCUUGUCUGUGUCUGGUUGUUGUGCUCAGCAUGUGAAUGUGGUGCCUGUAGCUGAGGAGAUCUUCGAGAGGGAGCCAAACACCUCACUGCUCGCAUGUUUCAAGGUAGGCACCAUGACACGACACACCUGCCGCACCCACCGCCGCCCCGGAUGGACGAGCCUUGCGUUGUGUCAGCUUGGCGUCACGGCCUGCUUGAUCGAGUUCGCCCUCUACGCCCCUCUGGGUACGCCAAGAGUAGUCCAAGACAGCCAACCAACCACAGCCAUUCAUUGUGUUCAUUUUGCCGCUGGAUGGGAUGGUGUGUGGUGGAUCCAUCCAUCCAUCCAUUUAUUUAUUUGUGCUUCAGCGUUCGUUGGCUACCUGAGCUGGCUGGGUUUGACCCGUCAGAACUUUACCACCAACUACAGCGCCACCGACCCGGCCUUCUUCCUCUGCCGCAUCCUCCUCUCCAUCAGCAUGGUCGUGGCUGUCCCUAUCAACGUCUUUGCGGCCGCCAAGUCGUGCGUCAGCCUGGCCAGGCACUUGUGGGGCAGGAGUGGCGUGGAAUCGCCGAGCAGCGUCUCGUCCAACGGCGAGAGGGAGAGGGAAAAUGGCUUGGAGUCGAUGGAUGGCGAAGAGAACAACAAGAACAAGAGGAUAGCCAUGGUGAGAGUCGGUCAGGCCUGAUCAGAUCAGGCCAGCUGCACUGGAUGCAUCCACAUGCACCCAUGCAUGGGAUGGAUGACCGUGUUGCAGACGUUGCACGUGUCGGGCGACAGCGAGAUGGAUGGCGUGUCGUCCUCCUACCCCAUUGCCCGUGACAGGACCUCGCCCAUGCCGGUCCCUGCCACCGCUGCGUCGGCCAACCCCAACACCAGCACCACCAGCAACCACAAUGGCAGCUACAGCGCCCCCCUGGUGCCCGUGGUGGUGUCAUCGGGCUUGCGGCCGCCACACCUGGAUGUCGAGCAGCCCACCAUCACGCAAUCCUCCUCUGUGACAUCCAUCCCGGAAGUGCCAACGUGUAUGUCUAAGGGAGGAAGAGUACAGAGAAUGGCUGGGUGGUGGGAACCGAUCAAUCAAUGCGCUCACUCUGUGUGUGUGUGUGUGUGUGUGUCUGCAGCUGUGUUUGAUCGUACAUGGUUUCGUGUGUUUGUUGUGAGCAUCUGUGUGCUGUCGUCCUAUGUAGUGGCGCUGCUCACCAGCAGGGUACACACGCAGCGCCUGCAGGCUCACAAUGAAUAGGUCUCUCUGUGUGUGUGGUGUGUGCAGGUGGCUGACAUCAUAGGUGUCGUUGGUGGGAUUUUCGCGACCUCGUUUAUGGUCUCCUUCCCAGCCAUUGUCUACUAUCAGGUGAGCGAGCAGCGAGGCAGGCCACGGGCAGACAUCCAACGAUCCAAUCUGCGUAUGGGUGCAGGAGUUCUAUCAUGUGCAUCCGCCCUGGCUGUACUGGACCAUCAUCAUCGCACUCGCCGCAUUCGCCAUGGUACACUACACACGCGUCUGUCUCCACACGCCAGCCAUGCCAUGCUCCACAGAUGCCAGCCAUGCCAUGCCACACAAGUCUGUCUGUCUGUCUGUCUGCGUGUGGUCAGGUUGGCUAUGUGAGCACCACGGUGAUAGUGCUGCAGUGGACCGGCGUAUGCUGCACAGUCACACACUAGACACGACACGAACUCC